UGCCUAUGUGUGGAUCAAAAGAAAACCAGGCAAAUAGAAAACCUGGUGGCUGGUUUUUAGCUCUGUUUAUGGAGUAGCCUAUUGUUUACUAGAUAGAUUCCACAAACACAAAUCAAACACCCUCACUCACUCCAUCUUAUAAAUACCAGUUUAUUCAUACUACAUCUUCAUUACAAAAAUCUCUGAUCAAUUAACAAGAAACAAAAGUAUGUCGUCGACCACUACAGGCCAAGUUAUUCGAUGCAAAGGUAAGCCUCCUCAUGUUUACCAGAUUCUACAAACUCAAAUCAAACCCUCUGACUCGAUAAGUUUUAAGCGCUCACUCGAUCCUAUAAAUACCCGUCUUCUACUCAAGACUAUAUCUUCUUCUUCUUCAUCUCAAGCAAUAAUCAAAACCAAUUCAUCUCGUUUCAAGAUUUUCUGUUCUAGCGAUCAGGUAACAACAAACAAAAGUAUGUCCACCAAUGCAGGCCAGGUGAUUCGAUGCAAAGCUGCGGUGGCGUGGGAAGCCGGAAAACCGCUGGUGAUUGAGGAAGUGGAGGUGGCGCCACCGCAGAAAAUGGAAGUUCGAAUUAAGAUCCUCUUCACUUCCCUCUGUCACACAGAUGUUUACUUCUGGGAAGCCAAAGGGCAAAAUCCUGUAUUUCCUAGAAUUUUAGGACAUGAAGCCGGAGGGAUUGUGGAGAGUGUUGGGGAAGGAGUGACUGAUCUACAGCCAGGGGAUCAUGUGCUUCCUGUUUUCACCGGAGAGUGCAAAGAGUGUGCUCACUGUAAGUCCGAAGAGAGCAACAUGUGUGACCUUCUCAGGAUCAACACCGACAGGGGAGUCAUGCUUCACGAUCAGAAAUCUCGAUUCUCGAUCAACGGCAAACCCAUCUUCCAUUUUGUGGGGACUUCUACUUUUAGCGAGUACACGGUUGUUCAUGUUGGAUGUCUUGCGAAGAUCAACCCUCUUGCCCCUCUUGAUAAAGUUUGUAUUCUCAGCUGUGGAAUCUCCACAGGGCUAGGAGCUACUCUAAAUGUCGCAAAACCAAAAAAAGCCUCUUCGGUGGCGGUCUUUGGUUUGGGAGCUGUGGGACUUGCUGCUGCUGAAGGUGCAAGAAUUGCUGGUGCUUCAAGGAUCAUUGGAGUUGAUCUCAAUGCCAACAGAUUUGAGCUUGCAAAGAAAUUUGGAGUUACAGAGUUUGUGAACCCAAAAGAUUACAAGAAACCGGUGCAAGAAGUGAUUGCAGAGAUGACUAAUGGAGGAGUUGACAGGAGUGUUGAAUGCACCGGUCAUAUUGAUGCUAUGAUCUCCGCUUUUGAGUGUGUUCAUGAUGGUUGGGGAGUUGCUGUUCUAGUGGGUGUUCCACAUAAAGAUGCUGUGUUCAAGACAGGUCCAAUCAAUCUGUUGAACGAAAGGACUCUAAAGGGUACCUUCUUUGGAAACUAUAAACCGCGAUCUGAUAUUCCUUCUGUUGUCGAAAAGUAUAUGAACAAGGAACUUGAGCUGGAGAAGUUCAUAACACAUGAAGUUCCAUUUUCAGAGAUCAAUAAAGCCUUUGAUUUGAUGCUUAAAGGUGAAGGUCUCCGUUGCAUCAUUCGAAUGGAUGCUUAAAGUAGUAGUCGUCAUUCUUAAAUAUAUGUUUGGUUGGUUCUUUAGCCGUCUUUCAUCUUACAUGUAAAUUUGCUGUUGAGGUUGUUGUCAAAGAUUCUCAGUUUGCCAUGAGUUACUUGAAUAAGAUUGAUGUUCAUCAGGAUCUUGAUUAAAAAA